AUGUCUCUGUCUAUUGAUAGACACGUUGGAUUGGUUCCUAUGCCAGCCCAAGCGAUACUCAAAUAUGUUGUCAACAAAUUUGAAGAAGCGAUAGCGAUACAAUAUCCUGCAAAACAGUCCAUUUUCUGGACGCUCUACGAAGAGGAAGUGGAGUUGACUAAUGAAGAUUUCGAAGAAAGAUUAAACGAUGCAGAUGUCAUCAAUAUAAGUGCUAAUAAUUCCUCGGUAAACAAAAACUUUUCAACGAACUAA